AUGAUGUAAAAUAAGGAUGGCUUAUUCUUUUAGAGUCAAUUCUAUGUGGCAAAGUUGUGUGAGCCUAUAAGUUUGAUUGAAUAUGUGUUGGAUGAUGUAUAACCAAAAUAACAGAUAGUUCAAAAAAUGCCACAAGGCCUUUAAGUUUCAGAUCGAUAAUAAAAAAUGAACCUUCCAAAGGAAAAGAUCAAUCCAUCCAAAUCUAAUGCGGCUCAUCAUACUUAAUAAAGUAAAAAUAGCAAAUAAGAAUCUACUUCUAAAGGCAAAAACUGGAUUAUAAAGAAAUUAAAAGAAGACAAGUAAACUUAGUAAGUAGUCACUUGUUUGCCUAAUUUGCCUAAACCCAUCUAAAAUCAAGGGAAGUUAUUCUCUAAUACAGCUUCUAAAUAGAUUAAAUAGAGAUUGAACAAAUUCGUAGUUGAUUAGAAAAAGAAUCAAUUCCUCUUACAAAAUGAAAUUUUGUAAGGACAAUAUUCUUCAAUUUAUCAUUUAAAUAGAUACAAAUCAGACUCUCCAAAAUAAUUGCCGAUUUACGAUGUUAAUUUUAAUACGAACUUUUAAUAAUUUUUCUUUUGGUACUGA